AUGACGGACAGCAAGACGGUGAAACAGCCAGUAAAACGGGUGCUGAAGCCAGUUCCCGAUCACGGCGCUUACGUGCACUCCUCCAAGACGAAAUUCAACGAUCAAUUUGCUCUUCCCGGCUCUGUGCCGGAGCCUGAAAUUGUCCGCAUCAACACCAUGGCAGUGCCACAGCCGUUUCUCGAGCCCGACAAGUUAGAGCAGUGGAAAUGA